AUGGAUGAGGAAAAAAAGAACGAUUUUAUUGGGAUGGAAGCGAGAAUGUACGCGCCUUUGGAGUGGGAUUCACCGGCGAUAUGCAAAAUACAGGAUCUCAAGGAAGCGCAGUACGAGGAAGCUCUACGUCUGAUAAAACAUCAUUUUUUUCGGGAGGAGCCGAUGUGCCGAGCAGUUGCUCUAUUGGAAGAUCAGACAUCCGUCAGCGAGUACCUAAAUCUUCUGAGAACGUGGAUGAAGGACACCACUAGUUUGGUCGCGCUUAGUUUGGCAUCGGGACGAGUCGUUGGAGUUGCCGUUACUCGAAUCAACAGCGAUUCGGACAAGAGCGACACGUAUAAUCGAGUCCAAAAUUUCGAGGGCGACGCCUUGGAGAAAAUCAUGAGUCUGAUCAACGCCCUGAUAAUGGGGACGGACGCGUACAGAGAGCUCGACUGCGACGUGUAUCUUCGGGUUCACGUUCUCUGCGUUCAUCCGUCCCAUCAGAAGAAAGGCGUCGGCGCGGCCCUGCUGAAGGCCUGCGUUCAAGUCGCGUCCACGUUGGGCAUGCCGGCGAUCGGUGGCGUCUUCACGUCGGGUUCGAGCCAGUCGUUAGCCCUGAAAUUGGGAUUUCAUCUCGUCGCGGAGGUCCGCUACAGUCGCUGGGUCGUCGACGACAGAGUCGUGUUCGACGAUUCCGGCAAGGGAAAUUACUCGGCCGCUUUCAUGGGAAUGCGAAUACCUCGCGAAGACUGCGAGGAGUCGCGUAGCGAGCUCGGAGACGGGAAAUAA